AUCUACACAGCUACGACAAGCUUGCCAGAAUUACCUGCAGUGUAAACGGAAGUUACGCAAUUCCUCUUUAAAGUAAAAGUUUUUUUGUCCAUUUUUUUUGGAGGAUAAAACCAACGGAGACGUUAAAGAUCAAGAGGCCGUAUCAAAAUAUUCUCGACAAUAUUACAAUUAUUUUAAUAGCUUUAAUUAUGUCGUGGUGCACAGCAUUUCUUAAUGAAGGGAGGAUUUAUGUUAAAGUGGUAACAGGAAGUUGAGUGUUCAUUCUGGCUAACUUCACGCUGGUGAACCACAAGCUAGCAAACCGGCCAUUUCAUUUAGCUAACAGUCGCACCACUAGGUGCCCCAGUCUUUUCGGGGUUCACAUCCCAUUUUCGUUUUCAUACAUUAGGAAAAGGAAAAAAUGGCGCUGCUUACGCCUUUAUUCGCAUUCCUGUACCACCUGCCGCAGGUGUACAAGUGGCUGCUGAAGCCCUACUAUGUAGCUUCUCUCUUCAUGUCUGUAGCCUUCCUGGCGGUCCGCAAAACGCCCGGCAUCUGCGACCACCUCUCCACACAGCGAGAGGACGGCAACUCCUGCGACUUCGACUGGAGGGAAGUGGAGAUCCUCAUGUUCCUCAGUGCCAUCGUCAUGAUGAAGAACAGACGAGCCAUAACGGUGGAGCAGCAUGUGGGCAACAUCAUCCUGUUCAGCAAAGUGGCCAACGUCAUUCUGUUCUUCAGACUGGACAUCAGGAUGGGACUGCUGUACCUGACGCUCUGCAUAGUGUUUCUAAUGACCUGUAAGCCUCCACUCUACAUGGGACCCGAAUACAUCAAAUACUUCAGCGACAAAACCAUUGAUGAGGAGCUGGACAGAGACACUCGUGUGACGUGGAUCGUGGAGUUUUUUGCCAAUUGGUCUCCAGAGUGCCAGUCAUUUGCCUCCGUCUAUGCUGACCUCUCCCUGAAGUAUAAUUGUGCUGGUCUCAAGUUUGGCAAGGUGGACAUUGGUCGCUAUGGAGAAGUUUCCAAGAAGUACAAGGUGUCAGCCUCGCCGCUGUCCAAGCAGCUCCCCUCCCUGGUGUUGUUUCAGGGAGGAAAGGAGGUCAUGCGGCGCCCCCAGGUGGACAAAAAGGGUAGAGCGGUAUCCUGGAGCUUUACAGAGGAAAACAUCAUUCGAGAGUUCAACCUCAACGAGCUCUACCAGAAAUCCAAGAAACUCAACAAAGCCAAGGCCGGCCAAUCACAGUUCCCCCCGCUUCCCGAGGAGGAGGAGCCCGAGCAGGAGGGAGGUUCCCAGGGCGAGGACACCGAGUCCAAGAAGGACAAAUAGGAUGGCUCGCACCCCUCAAGCUUGGAUGUCAGAAAUGUCGCGAUGAACCUUUGGGGUCCAGACGGACUCCUCCUCCUCCUCCUCUUCGCUCAAAUGUUGUUCACUCCUGCUCAUGUUUUCUGUGUCACUAUGGGAUUGUUGUCGGUGUAGAUCAGUGUCCUCUCUCCCAGAAAUGUUUCUCAGUGCUGUGGGAAGGCCUCUCAAACUGCAUUUGGACCAUUCAAAGUGGCAAGAUUCUCGGCCCACUUGUUGGAAGCUGAGCAUUUUAGUGGAAAGAAAGACGGAUGGCCCAAAAAACUAAGUCUAGGCAUUCAUAGGUGGCUUUUACUAAAAGCGUUUUGACCCUCAAACCCACAUAUAAGUGCCUGGACUUUGUGCCCAGAAUAGUUUUGAGACCACGUAACACUGAAACAGUAACCAGAUUCUUUAAGGUGCAGCGACCUCACAUCAUAUUUUCCCUUUUAGAAAUCAACAGACUGAAGAGGCGUGGAUUGUGUAGGAUUGAAUUGAGAUACAGCAGCCUGGCUUGUGUGUGUGUGUAAGCAUGGAAACAUGCUGUGUAGAGCAGCCAGAUGUAGUGGAUCACCACAGCCUAUGCGGCACAUUUCUGACAGAUACAGCCGUCGUGGUUUGAGCGACUCCAUCCCAAUAUGGUGCAGCAUUUUUGAGAUCUAGAGCGAUGAGGUAAAGACUGAGAGGAGACACCUGCUGAGAGUUUGUACUAAUUAUCAAUAAGGGAACACUGAUUGUAAUGCCAUUUUCUUGUUUUUGAUUCUAAUGUUUUUACGCAACCAAUUGAAGUUGCCUAAUUAAGGUAGAUGAAUAAUUCAUUGAUUAACUAUAUUGAUGUAAAGUAAGUUUAAUUUAUAGACGGUGUAAGUAGAUUUUUUUUUUUUUUUUUUUUAAAUCUAAAAAUCAUUUGCAGUGUUAAACAUGCGUCCUGAGCUUGGUUGUGUGGAGGUCAUGACUUGCUGGAUGCCAUUCCUUUCAGGACACGGACUUGAAUUUGUACACCUGUUGACAUACCAAGUUAUGCUUUUUCCAGUCAUUUCAAGCUUUUAUGACACAUUCCAUUUUUUAAUGUUUUCCUACUAUCCUGCUUUACUUCCUGUUGUCACAUUUGAUUUUGUAGUUUGUUCUUUUUUUUUUGGCACUGAUUCCAUUCAUUCUGCAUAUUUACCACCUCCUCUGCACCCAUGCCACAUGGGCAGGCUGGUAAUUCAGAAAUCAUCAACAGGCAAAUAUGUGUAGUAAAGUUUGUGUGUGUUUGACGUGAAAUUGCGUCGGAGGCACAUUUGCAGUUAGUUUGGCAUUAAUGUGGCUCGUUACACGUCUGUCAGCCGGGUCGCGACCUUUUAUUAGCUGUAAAACAUGAAAGACAGUGGAUCCCACACUGUUUGAUGUGUGAAAAAGCUGAUCAGGAUCAAUCUCAGAGGGAAACCACAAUAGCUGCAGUGUGAUGUGUUGUGAUUUCUAACUGUUUUUCCAGUUUUUAUUCAUUUAUCUAAGGUAUUAGAACAUCUGUAGGACUGUUUUUCUCAUGUUCAGCUCUCGGUAGAUUUGUCUGCAUGCUUGGCCCCCUGUAUGUACCUCUCGAUUUGAAACAGUGACGGCAUCCCUCCUUUCUUCAACAUGACAUUUGUAGUAAACCCAAGCGGGUCAGAAUAGCGAGUUAAGUUACAAGAGAGUACCAUGAGAUAGCGAAAUGCAGUUCUCAUCGCACUGGACCUUGUUAAACUUGUGACCGACUAUUACUUUCAUGAUUAAAAUAAUCCGUCGAUUAACUUCUCCAUUAGUCAGUCAGUGGUUUGGUCCAGAAAAUGCCAGAAAAUGGUGAAAAAUAUCUUGUUUUGUCCCAACCAGCAGUCCACAAGCAUUUAGUUGACCGUCACAGAUGACUACAGAAAGUAGAAAAUAUGCACGUUUGAGAAGCUAGAAUCAUAAAAUUUGGAAAUUAUCUUCUUAAAAAUGAUUCAAAAAUUCCUCUCGAUUCUGUUCCCGACUUGACAAGAAACUCACUCCAAGUCCUUCUCCCGUUUUUUAGAAGAUAAAUGCGUUUCUCUGGAGACGUUUUUCAGGCCAAACAUGUCUUCUUUUGGUUUGUUUUGAAAAGGAGCAGAGGACACAUGCAGGAUUGGCCAGAGCUGGUGUGCCUGAGCUCGUACACUGAGACAGUGAGAGUGGCAGUGUGACCCGUGUCCCUCUGGAUAUCAAGGAGAGGCACUGGGUGGUAGACGUUAUCUGGCUUUUAGGGCAAAAUCACUCCAUUCAUUCCUGUUGGUGCCAGCCUGCUGCAUAACUGUGAACACCCGAAUACACACACACUCACACACACUGGUGAGCUUUGCUGGUUAGAUUUCUCCAUUUUCUUACUAACAUUUUGUUUUUGUUGACAUGUACCUAACGUUUGACACAGAUUUUUACUUCUUGUCAUGUUGUGUUAGAGUUUUGUGGAGAGGAUGGCAUGUGUUAGAGUUGCACUGAGCAGGGCGACGUGCUGAGCAGCCACAACUCUGUAUGUGUGUUUGGUGGUGUGAGUGAAUGAAGAACCCUGCUGAAAAAACACUGAAAAGAUCAAGACACGCCUGGCCUGCCUUUUGGUUUCUUCUUGUUUUUCUCAUGCAAUAAAACAAUGUGCACAUUAAAUCUUA